CUCGCGGAAAUCGCUAUGGGAUCUACUUGAAAGUCACUUUGCAAAUCCAGCUAUGCUGUUGGGUGUGUCUUGUUAAAUGUGUGUGAUUGUGUGUUUGUAAUAGUAGGAAGAUUCGCAAUUCCAAAAUUUGUAAUUCCUUCCAACCUGUGAAGAGCACGGGACAAAGUUCGGCAAGCUACUUGAGCGAACAUCUUGCAACCUAGAUACGCGCUCGAAGUGCUGCGUCAAGACGAGUGACAGUAUAGCUCAGUGGUGAUGUCUUGGUAUUUGAUCAAAUGAAAUAUAUCGCUGUUUGGGAUUACUUGUAAAUAACUGCAUUAGCAGUGUACGGGUUUGCUCAGUGGGAGAGCUGUUUAGAAGGCAUUGAUACCGUAGGGAAACUGAACCAGGAAAAAGAACAAGGAAAAAAGUUUGCAGAGGUUAAAAGUCUCUGAACCUGUUCGUGCAGCCAGUGGGGAGGAAGAGUUUAAUAUGGGCAACGGAAUGUGCUCCAGAAGGCAGAAAAAGAUCUUCCAGUCUUUGCUAUUAUUCACCGUGUCUUUAGGACUUAUAUAUGGGGGAAUUGUUUCCUACGAAAUGCAUAAACAGCUGAAGAAGACGGAGGCGAUGGCACUGAAGUACCAACAACAUCAAGAGUCACUUUCAGCGCAGCUCCAAGUUGUGUAUGAGCACAGGUCCAGACUGGAGAAGUCCCUACAGAAAGAGAGACUGGAGCACAAGAAGGCCAAAGAAGAUUACCUCAUGCACAAACUUGAAGCGCAGCAGAUAUUGAACAAGGAAAAGCAAGAUUCCAGCAACAGAUUCAAUUCACUGCAUGUGCAACACCAGAUGUUAAAGGGCCAGCACGAGGAACUGAAGAAGCAGAUUUAUGACCUCCAGGAGCAACACCAGAUACAGGUGGAAGACCACAGCAGGGUCAUCGAAGAGCACAGGCAAAAAUAUGACCAGCUACGGCAAACCAAGGAGCGGGAGAUCUCUAAACUCGAAGAGAACGUGUAUAACCUGCAAGAGGAGAACAAGCAGUUGAGGAAGGCCCACCAGGAUGUUCACAAACAGCUUCAGGAUGCCCAGCAACGGCACGAGGAUUUAAAGUCAGCACACGAACGACUUGCACUGACAUUAGAAGACCACAAGAGUGCGCUGGCGGUUGCACAGGGCCAAAUAGAGGAGUUCAAGCAGCUGAAGGAGACGCUGAACAGGAUGUCAAGUCUUCAGCAGGUGAAUGCGAAACCCACUGUGGCCCCAGCCCAGGCGGCUGCCCUGAGGGCCGACUCCUCCCACAACCAGCCUGACCACAAGGAGGCGCAGUCCCGGGUGGAGCAGGGAGAAGGGCAUCGGAAGGACGCAGGAGAGGGAAAGCAACAGCUGGCUGUAUCCCGACGUGUGGUGCAGCCGGAAGGGGAGGCUGGCCCCGGGGCAGGGGAGGAGGAAGGCGGGGAAAGAGGUGGAGCGCGGGAAGAGCAGCAGAGGAAGGAGAUGGAGCAGGCGGGGCAGCCCCAGCACCUGGAGGAACCAGAGCAGCCCCGGGAAGAAGAGGAGGAGGUGAAGGAGCCCGAACAAAACCAGCCGGAUGAGAACACGCUGGACCGCAACCGCCACCAAGCAGCGCCGCCACUCGUGCCGGAGCUGCAGCCGGACGCAGAGCAGCAGGCAGCUGCGCAGGCCGAGCCGGUGAAGUCUGCAUACCAGCAGCAGGAGCAGCAGCAUGCGGCUGUGCAGCUGGCUGAGGAGCGCAGGCAGGCCCACCUCAGGGAGCAGCUCCUCAGGCAGGGAAAUCAGUUUGACAUGGACUCAGCCAUUGUUCAGGGUGAAGAAGACUCGCCGAAUAAGCAAGGCGAAGAGGGGAACAUUCAGACACAGUUGGAGGAAGAGGAGGGUGAGCAAGCGGAAGGGGACCGUGGGAGAAAUCGUGAGGAUAAUCUGGCUGAAGAGGAUGUGAACCCUGAGGAUGAUCCCAACAACCAGGGGGAAGAUGAGUUUGAUGAGGCGCAGGAGCAAGGAGCGGGGGCGCCAGUGGGGCAGUCCCAGCACCAGGCAGGAGAGAACCAAAAUCAACCCGCAGCAGCCGAGAGAGAUGACAGAGGGAUGGGUGGAAAUCCAGACCAACAGGAAGACACUCUGGAUGAACAGUAUCAGGAAGAGGGAGAGGAAGAGGUUCAGGAUUUGAGAGUACAUCAGAGGCAAGAGGAAGAGGUGGUGAAAGAAACAGAGGCCCCAUAUAAUGACGAGAACAGAGAAUAUGCCCUGAUGCGUCAGGACAAUAUGAAGAGACAGGAAGGCCCAGAGAAAGAGGACAAUGCGGCCAGGAAAGAGGGAGCUGCCAAUGAACAGGGGAAUUAUGAGGAGGAAGAAGCGGAAGUAUUGGAGGAUGAGGAAGGAGCACAAGACAAGCCGGCUAAUCGUAGAGCAGAGAUUUGAAAGGUGCACAUAGAGAGACAGUGCCUUCAUGUGGAUGCUACUCCCCUCAGGACUGUUGAAAGCAUUUUUCUCUCUUUAAAAAAGAGAAAAUUUUAAAUAUUUCCACUGGAAAUCCACUCUCUAUCUUGACUAUUCAGAUCUGCUGAGGGAUGGAUCUAAAUAUUCAUCAGUCUAGGA